AUGAGGAGGACGUACAGCCAGAGGAAACAGACACAACUCCUAACAGAGAUGUCUGGUGGUCCCCUCUCGUGUUUCUCCAAGAAGGGAAUACUCCUACUCUCUAUCCUCCACUAUGGGAUCUGGGCUGAAGUCCCUCCAAAGGACCUGUAUGGAUUGAGGGGGGGUUCGGUGUGCCUGGCUGUAGCAGAACCACCGCAGGAGUUUGGAAGACAUAGUUGGAAGGUCAAUAGUACCAUAAUAGUUGCUGACAAAAAGGUCUCUCCUAAAUACCAGGAGAAAGUGGAGUAUAAUCUACUGAACCACUCUCUGUGCAUUAAGAAUCUGAGUGAAAAAGACAGGGGAACUUACAUUGCAACCUAUGAGAAAAAUUGGGAAGAGUCGACUACUACAUACAGACUAACAGUACAGGAGCCUAUAUCCAAGGUGGUGAUCCAGACAGAGAUCAUGCUAUUGGCCAACCAGUCCUGUUCAGUGUGGCUGCUGUGCAACGUGUCAGUCUGCUCCAACCUCUCCUACACCUGGGAGAGAGGGAAUGAGACGUACAAGGACGAUGAGCAGAUACACUUCUCUCUGUCACCAGCAGACGGAGACAUCAGUGUAACCUGCAACGCCUCCAACCCAGUCAGUUGGAAAUCUGCCUCUACAACAGUGAAGUGUAGUAAUGACACAACCACCCCAUGUAACUAG